UAGACAUUAAAAGCUAACGGUAGUUGUGGGAUAGAUGAUAUACCAUCUGUCAUAUACAAAAACGGUGGCACGGAUAUGGUAGUACUAUUACUGAGAAUAUUCACCCUCUCACUAGUGACUGUGACCUACCCUAAAAUUCCGAAAAACAUAUAUAUAUAUAUAUACUGCCUAAGCACAAAGCUGGAGCCAAAACUGGUGCAUGCAAUUAUAGGCCUAUCAGUAUAACACCUGUCAUAUCAAGGAUCAUGGAGAAAGUAAUCAAAGAACAAAUGUCAGAUUACUUUCUAAAACACAAACUCGUCAACCAAUCACAACACGGAUUCCUGAAGAAAAUAUCACGUGCAACUUGUCAUUUAGAAUUUUUCGAUGAAAUCGCCUACAGAAGUGAUAUGAGAGAACUAGUAAUUAUCCUCUAUUUCGAUAUCAGGAAAGCCUUCGACAGAGUUCCACGUGUUCUGCUAGUCAGCAGGUUAUGCUCAGUAGGGAUAUGCAAACCCCUCCACAACUGAAUAAAAUCAUUUCUCAGUGACAGAAAUCAGACAACAAAAAUUGGCUCGAUGACCUUCAGGCCUAGGCCGAUUAGCAGUGGUGUCAUCCAGGGGAAUGUACUGGGACCCCUUCUUUUCACUAUAUACAUAGACAGUAUAUGUGAGUGGUUUAGUAUGGGCAAGCCAAUACUGUAUGCAGAUGACUUUAAGGUGAAAUAUACCUGCACAAAUACAGAUAUCGGUACAACUAUGAACUCCAUACAUGAAGAAUUAAGAAAAAUGGAUAUAUGGUGUGACACCUGGAGACUUGAGUUUAAUGUCGAAAAGUGUGGCUGGCUCUGCAUAGGCUGUCUCAACCUAGAACUCGACCUAGCAAUUCAGGGCCACAAAAUCCCUAGACUCAAAUCUGUGCUAGACCUAGGACUGACAUAUUCACACAAUCUAUCAUUUUCUGAACAUAUCUCGAAACAAGUAUCGAAAUCACGCAGGCUUAUUGGUUUCCUACUCAGGAACUUCUACAGUAGUGAAUCCAGAAUACUACUGUACAAGGUUUGUGUGCGCCCACUCCUAGACUAUUGUUCAUUCAUAUUUAGUAGUAUACGCAUAGAAGACAAACUAAAAGUAGGAGUACAGAGGUACUUCACGCUAAAAGUACUCGUAACCGAAAACAGCACAAACUACUCUACAAGAUGUCAAAUUCUAGGACUAGAAACAUUAUGGUUAAGACGACUGCGACUAAAUCUGGUACUCUUCUAUAAGCUUCUUAACCACAUAGUGUAUAACCCUACUAAUUGUACUCAGUUUUCAGAAGACACUAGAUGUAACCUUAGACACACUCAAGGUACGGUGGCUAUAGAACAAUGUAAAACAGCCUCCAGGCAAAAGUUUUUCAUGAUUAAGUAUGCCCAAAUAUGGAACAAACUACCUGAGGAAAUGCGACUAGCAAGCUCACCGAUGUCCUUUGAAAAAGCUCUUAAUGACACACUAAGUGAGUUUGCAAGUGAUACCAGUGCUAAUUCCCAUGUAAGAGCUUCAGAAAUUAUAGGCCCAUUUAAUGUAUGAACUCAGAGACUAUACCUGUUGUUUCUUUCGCCUUUAUCUAUAAUUUCAGACAAAAAUGCGGCAGUCAUGAAAAUAACACCCAUACAAAUAAGAGUCGAUCGAAUUAUGCCUACCUGAUACAAAGCGUGAACCAUAACCAACAUACGAAUGAAAUAUGAGAAAACAAGGUCGAGACUUACCACAACAUCACAUGGAAGAAUAUAAGUUACUUGGACAUCAUUUAUAAUCCACCAACUGGUCUCCUUUCCAAAAGGAAUACGGCGAUAUUUUAUCACAGCAGUGGGGAAAUACACAAAUCCACAGUUCCUGUUGUAUACACUCAGUGGAGGUAGCAGCCAACAAAGUAAUGCAUUUAAAGCAUAUGCAUACUUCCCAUCAUCACGGAGACACUGCGGAAUGUCAAAAUCGCAGCGUAAUCAAACCCAACACCCGAUGUAAUUAACUAAAUCCGAAAUGCAAACAAGUUGUAGUACAUAUUUGAAUAUUUAUCCAUAUGACGAUAAUAGUGACAAAUCCAAAUCACUACCUAAACAGUGCCAAUAAAUCUGGAUAUCUAUGAUAUAACGAAAACAUCCUGACAGCUGCAAUUCAGAUCUCACUGACUCAUUUGGUGGUAAAAUUCUGCUCCUGCAUGUCUCUUUCGACAUUUUCGUAUGGAUUGGUUCGCAGUUACUCUGGUUCCAAACCGAAAAGAAUCAAAAAUUCACUGGUUGCUGAAUUACUAAUACUUUUCUGCGUGUUUAAAUGGAUACUAACUGCUGUGGUGAGCCUCUUGCAGAUUACAUUGCUUAA